AAAACAAAAACCCAAUCAAAUAUGAAUUAGCUCAAUUUGGCGGCUAGGGUUUAGUUUGUACCAUUCCUGUUCAUAUUUGGACUUUGUAUAUAAACCUCUGUUGAAGCUAUAAACUUGUCAUCGUUAUAAGCCAAAUUUCUCAUCUGGGUUUUGUCUAAAUUCUUUUAUCAACCAUUCAUUAAUUCUCUCAAGUAAGUCCCAAAUUCUAUCGGUUUUGUUUAGUUUUCUUUGGUUUUGAUCCAAAUAUAGAUCUGGAUUUUUCUUUCUUUGCCCAAUAUUGAUUCGUUGAUUCAGUUCUAAACCAAAAGUUCAUAUCUUUAGUGAAAAUUUUGUGUCUUGGUGCUAAAGAUUGCAUCUUUCUCAAUUGGUUUGGUAGGUUUUAGUGUUCUAAAUCAAGGGUUUUUGAGGUCUAAGUUGGUUCUUUUCAAGAAGUUUGAUUCUACAUUGUAGAAAUAUGAGUUACCCUGAUUCCCCUGUUUCUUUUAUGGCAUCACAGGCCUCGUAUCAAUCAGGCAGUGAUGCUGUUGAUGUGUGGCCUCAAUUUGUGAUGAAUAACAAUGAGCAAUUUCAACAACAACAACAACACCAACCUCCUUAUAAAAGACCUAGAAGCUCUGAGGACAAUUCCAACCAAUCCAUGAGUUCUAGGGUGCCACCAACAAACAGCCUUCCAGUCCACAAGGGAACAACCAACAUCUUUUUCAAGACAAGAGUGUGUGCAAAGUUUAAGACUGGUACUUGUAGGAAUGGUGAGAAUUGCAAUUUUGCUCAUGGAAUGCAAGAUUUGAGGCAGCCCCCACCAAAUUGGAAGGAACUAGUGAGUGUAGGUGUAAGUAAUGAAGAGGAUAGGUCAACAGCGACUAAUAGGGAAGAUGAUCUGAGGAUAAUUCACAAGAUGAAGUUGUGCAAGAAGUUUUAUAAUGGGGAGGAGUGUCCUUAUGGGGACAGGUGUAAUUUCCUUCACGAGGAUCCAGCAAAUUUCAGGGAGGACGCGGGGAGGUUCAGGGAGAGUUCUGCAAUAAGUAUAGGGACUACAGGCCACCUGAUGGGCCAAGGAAGUGGCGUCUUUAAUGCUGCUGAAGUUAACAGGCCUGCAAACACUGCUGUUUCGGAUGCUCCUCGAUCAAAUUUAAUAAAGCCUGUUUAUUGGAAGACAAAGUUGUGCACGAAGUGGGAGAUGACAGGUCAAUGCCCCUUUGGAGAGAAAUGUCACUUUGCUCAUGGGCUAGCAGAGUUGCAGGUUCCUGGUGGACGCAAUGAGGUGGAAGCAGGAAAUGCAGGCUCCACCGUGACUAACUCACCAACACCUGUUCUUCCUAAUAACACGUCUCCAAGUAUGACGGUGAAUGUGCCUAGUUUAGUUGAAGAGAAGGGUACGAAAUGUUUAUUAAAGUGGAAAGGACAGAAGAAAAUAAAUCGGAUUUAUGCCGAUUGGCUUGAUGAUCUGUCAUUAGUGCACACCUCGACAAACCAGUAUGGAACUAGCCACCAUUGAUUCUUGGUAAACACACAAAAAUUGAACCCAAACAACAGUGAUAAACACCACAUAGAAGCAGUCUGCAGAAGGCGGGCAGUUCAGGGGGAAGACAUGGUUCUAACUCUAACCGAGUUAAUGCAAUGCAAGUUAUAAAUCAAAGAGAAGUGCCCAGCAAUAUUGAACAAUUGAAAGAAAGGUGAGCUUGUGAGGGGACAAUCAAUUAAGUUGGAAACAACAAUGGUGUUGGUGACCUUGACUCUAUAAUUCCUGGGAUCCUCUCAAAUCGUCGAAAUCUGAAGUGAUUCAUCAAUUAUUUAUGCUUGACUAGAUGAUGUUCUUCUAGGACAUGCAACUCUAUUUUUUUACAUUGCCUUUAUUUAUACUAAUAUAAAAGUGGGAGCAUCAUGG